UUGCUUCAGCAGGAUUCGUCAUGUCCCAACGCGGCAGGCUUGAGCUCGGCUGCGCGAGAACCAGACCGAAACAUCACAGCAAAAGAUGAAAAUGUAGACAUAAAUCAGAGGAUGCACGCAUGAUGACGAUGGAAGACGGACUGGUGUCUGAAGACGAUAUAUUGCUUCGCUCGGAGAAGGAGUUUCAUGAUGCUGCGAAGAGGAAUGACACGGAGAGAAUGCAGGAGCUCAUCAGAAGAGGGGUGGACAUCAAAGUCAAAAAUAAGAUGGACCGUAAGGCCCUUCACUGGGCAGCAGGAGCCGGCAGUGAGCAGGCAGUGCAUCUGCUGCUGGACCAUGACAUGGAGGUGGAUGAUAUGGACAGCUUCGGUAUGAACCCUCUGCUCUUAGCCGCAUGGUUUGGUCACCUCUCGGUCCUAAAGAUCCUUGUCUCAACUGGGGCAAAGCUCACCUGUGAAAACAAAAAUGGCUUGAAUCUCUUGCACUGUGCUGCCCAGAGGGGUCACAUCAGUAUUUUGGAGUAUAUCAUGGAAGAUCUGGAAAGCGUGAAGCUUGAUAAAGUCGACAAGUCAGGUAAGACAGCGUUUCAUUUGGCUGCAGGGCAUGGACACCUGAAGGUGGUGGAGUUCCUCAUUGGGAUGGGCUGUGCUCAUGACCUCAAGGACAAGGAGGAAAACACUGCACUGCAUUUGGCAGCUAAGCAAGGCCACAGUGACGUCCUACAGAAGAUCAUGGACACCGGGGAGAGCAUUGAUGAAAAAAACAUUGACGGCAUGACUGCUUUACAUCUGGCAGCUGAAGGAGGGCAUUAUGAAUGUGUCAGACUGCUGCUGGAGGCUGGCUGCGAUGUCAACUCACUCACUCAUAGUAACAGGUCUGCUCUUCAUCUGGUGGUCCAGCAUGGCUCAGGAAGAGAGGUCCGACUGCUGGUACAGGCUGGGAUCCACCUGGAUUCAGUAGACACACAACACACUUCAGCUCUACACCUGGCAGUGCUCAACAACUCCACAGGAAUAGUGAAGGAUCUGAUCGAUGCGGGAUGCGACCUGGACAUCUGUGAUGAUCGGCUUCAAACUGCUUUGCACAUAGCAGCAGAACACGGUUGGCUGAACAUUGCUGAAAUGAUCCUGGUAUCUGGAGUCAAUCUCAAUCUGCUCGACAAGCAAGGAAAGUCGUCACUGGAUGUUGCAGCUCGAGGCAACCAUGUGAAUGUCGUUGACAUGAUUAUCAAAGCUGACCGAUUUUACAAAUGGGAGAAGGAAAAUGUGACGAGUGACUCUGACUCUCUGGUGGGAACGAGCCUUACCUUUAAACAAGAUCAUCGACAGGAGACACAACAUAUCCGAUCUGUUCUAUGGACACUUGCCUCCAAAUAUCUUAAACCAGGCGAGUGGAAAACACUGGCUCGACACUGGAAGUUCUCAGAAGCACAUAUUCGAGCCAUAGAGCACCAAUGGACAGGUACAAAGAGCUACAAGGAGCACGGGCACAGGAUGCUGCUCAUCUGGCUGCACGGAGUGAUCACCGCUGGAGAAAACCCCAUCAAGGGUUUGUACGAAGGUCUGGUAGGAAUCUCAAGGAUCGAUCUGGCAGAAAGCAUGCGACAGCUGGCAAAUACGGAUCCAUCUUCUGCUAAAAAAUGCUCUACAAUGUAAUGUGAGAUUUAUUGAGAAAGGUCUGGACUGUGCACGUAUACCGACCAGGAGAUCAGAUGCUCUUCAAAUACACCGCACCGAUGAAACACAAAUACUCCCUAAAAUACAACCUCAGUGAAGAAAACAGCCGUUCACACCAAGAGCAAAUAUUUACAGCACACAUGACUUUGGAAUA